CUGUCCUUAGUUGACACAGCAGACCCAUUACCUCCGUAUACGUGUUUUGCUAAAACACCAACUUCUCAUGGGUUUCUUCUCACUGUCGUAUGUCCCAACGGUUAAUCCCCUGCAUGCUCCUUAUUAACACCCUCAGUGAAAAGCUUCCUUUCAAGUCCGUCACCAAACUUGCUCGCUCGAAAGAGGGCAACCUUUUUACCCUGUUAGCGCCAACGGAUCUCUAUUGGCCCUGUGUGUUUGACCGUUCGCACUCGAAAGUGCACGCCAACACCUUGACCGUUUACUUUUCGAACCAGCACAAGGAUGGACUGGGAAAAGUGUACGCUGGGUUUGUCCAGUUGCUUGAAUCUUCAGUGUUUGGGGUGCAUUCCGCCCAGCUAAACGUCAGAAUCUACAACAUUGGCGAGUGCGUGGGUGGUGACAACUUAUGGAUCACUGCCAAGCUCGAAAAGCCGCAGAAAAAGAUAAAUGGGUCGGAGUUGACUUACAUCACCGAAAACGGAGUCAAGCUUUCCAUCAACACCGAAACGCAAGCGUAUUCAAUCGAUGUAGCGCUUCCCGAGUUGAAACUUUCGUUGACCGUUGUCAAUGCCGCCCAGGUGAGCUACAAGGUGGGCACAAAUGGUGAAACGUACUUUGGCCCGCAAAAGAGAGUCGUGAGACACUACUUCAUCCCGCGGUGUAUCUGCUCCGGAAACAUUAAUAUCCCUGCCACUACAAAACUGACAGCCAAACAGAUUUCCCUUGAGGGGCAUGGUCAGUUGAUCGAUGCGUACCAGGGGUUGAAACCGUAUCUGGCUGCUAACACAUGGCGUUUCUUCAACUUGCAAACAGCCACAGUGGGGAUUAACCUCAUGGAAUACCAAACUCCCUCAAAAUACGGGUCAGAAACGGUGACCAUCGCCGGGUUGGUGGACGAAAAUACCAAACUAGCUGAGAAGUUUAUGCUAUUCUUGGAUGAGGACAUUUCCGUGACAACACCCUGUAACAAAAAGGAUCCACAGAGCAAGUGGAGCUACCCCGCCGAUUUUAGUAUGAAAAUGAAAAAGUCGAUUGCCAAGAAAGAUGGCACCACCACGAUUGAGGUGGCUGUUGAAAGAACGAGCACUGCCGACCUAACCUUGGUGAACAAGUACGAUGUGAUGGGAGAGGUGCCGGAUAUUGUGAAAGCCUUAGCAGGCCCUCUUUUGAAGAUAAAGCCCUACAUCUUCCAGUUUGAGGAUAUGUACCGUGUUCGUAUCUCGGUCGACGGGGUACAAGUGGUAGAGGAAGUGGCCAGCGGCUCGUUUGAAGCCUCGUUCAUUGGAAGUAACUAAAAACGAUUCAGGGGAAAUAGACGAAUAAACGACAUAUAAUUGGCCUGCAGCACAAUUACCAUAGAAUGUACAACUCUGUCACCCGUUUAUUCUUGCUGAUCUCAGCUUCAAAUUGGCAUAUAUUCUUUAUCUAGGGUGGAAACUAUUACAUUCAUUUACUAACCUGAUUCUUCAACGCUUUCAAAGCACCAUCGGAUCGAUCCUUCCCCAUCACCGGGGAUGCGCUGACACCGGAGUAAGUAUGGGCAGGGGUUACCUGGGUGGUGUAAUCGCCAUAAAUCUUAGGCAGCUGGUUCUGGCGGGUGUUAGUAAGUAUAAAAGACGGUUGGACGGCUUGCGGGGGCGAAAUACGAUACAUACCUGCUUUUUUCUGCUUCAAGCUGGCGGCGACGGUUUCCGAAACC